AGCACCACCCCUUCCCAGAUUGUGUGGAGGCUCAAGGUCAUGGACAGAAGGAUCUGUGGUGUGCCAGUAUCUGGUCUGCCCUUGUUCCCCCAUAGCUCUUUGCUUUUGAGUCUUCCAACAGUACAGGAAGCAGUCUUACAUCCUCAGCCCAGACCCCAGAGGCCCAGCUCUUCCCUUUCCUCUCUGGACAGGCUGAAGGGCCUUUUCUGCAACCGUUUGAAGAACAGUGAAGCACACCUCUGCUUUACAGGAGAGAUGAGAAUGGCUCACUGUGAGAGUGGUUGUAGGCCUGUGAUGAGUGAGUGUGUGUGUGUGUGUUGUCAGCCAGGACUUCAGUAAAAAUACAUCAGUAGCAAAUAAACUCUAAACAUCUGUGGCCUCCUUUGGGGAUAACAUUCUAGAUUUUACAAGUCAGCUAUGGGAUGGGAGAUCCAAGUUUUCAUUGGCCUCCCCAGGGGUAAGGCUUAGAGGUACUUAUGGGAUAAAGAAGCAGUGUGAGGUGAGAAGGCAUCUGAGGUCAGACCACCCCUGGGAAAAGUGAUGUGGAGUGAGGAGAGGGUGGAAUUUUAUAUUUCUGGUCUCAGAAGCUUAGCCAUCAGGCCCAGUGAGAUGGCUCACCUGGGUAAGAGCGCUGGCUACACAACCCUGAUGACCUGGCAUCCCAUGGUGGAAGCAGAGAACUGGCUCCUGGAAGCUGUCCCCUGGGGGCUGCAGAGAGGGCUGCUGGAAAGAGCACUGGAUUUUCUUCAGCACCCACACAGGAGUUCCCAACCAUUUGAAACCCUUGUCUCAGCGGAUCCAAUGCCCUCUUGUGGCCUCCACCUGGCAUGCAUGCAGUACACAGACAUACAUGCAGGCAGAACCCCAAAUCCAUUUUUUAAAACAGUGUGUCACACCAUGCCAUAGUGCACAUUUCCCCUCUAGCAAUAAUUUAAACUCAUUUUAUUUAUCUGAAACAGACUGUGUAGCCCUGGCUGUCCUGGAGCAUGUUAUACAAACAGGUCUAGCCUCAAACUCCAGAUUUACCUGCCUCCGCCUCUGGAAGGCUGGGAGUAAAGGAGUGCACCGCCACACUGGACCUUUUUAUUUUUUAAUAACUCUGCUGGGGACUGAACCCAGGGAUUUUUGAAUUCUAGGCAAAGAAGGACUCUGUUAACUGAGCUACAUCUCCGGUUUCCGUCACACACUUUUGCAGGCCCUAAGUAAUGGAAAGUCGGUGUUUUCUGAAGGGUUAUUGACCUAGAAGCCUCAGGUGAGCUGAGAAACUAGAGACAGGAAGUUCACAUGCUGAUAACAUGUACACAAGGAGCUGGGAACACACCGGCAUCCCUCUGUUUACAACUUCGAGACUGCAAGGAAACAGGUCUGCAGGUGGGAUCGUCCACCCCCAAAACUGCCCUUUGCUGUCCUAUAGAAACCCCAAGCUCCUGACUGUCGCCCUUCAUUGUUCUGUGGACGUCGGGCUCUCACUUUCAUGUCCUCUCCAUCGAUCCUGAUCUAAAAUUUUUAGCUAAUUUUUAGUUUAGCAAGCUCAGAGUUCCUGGACGACAACACAGGUGAUCUAUUAACACCACUGUGAUCCAUCCACAGCAAGGCUGUAGGACCACACUCCUUAGGUGACCCAUGGAUGAAAGUCUAGCACUCAGAGGCAGUUGGAAGCUAAUGAUAGGCCCUAUAGAGCCAGUUCUUUUACUAAAAAGGGAGAGACAAACGGGGAGGGAACUGGGGGUUUAGCCUUUUUGGUAGUGUGUUUGGCUACCAGAAGAAGGCCCUCGGAAACAGCCCCAACACAUCAUAAACCCGGCUGGGUAUGAUAGCAUAUACCUGUAAUCCCAACAUUCAAGAGACAGAAGGAUCAAGGAGUUCAACUUCAUCCUUGGUUACAGAACUUAUUUGAGGCCAGUCUGGGUUACAUGAGAACCUAUCUAAAAAAAGAAAAAAAUAAGAAAAGGCCUUUAUGUUUCUCCUUAGUAGCCCCAAUCGACUUGAGAUUCUAGAGCAGUGUUCUCAACCUUCCUAAUGCUGCGACCCUUAAAUACAAUUCCUUAUGUUAUGGUAACCCCCGACCAUAAAUUAUUUUCAUUGCUACUUCAUAACUAUGUGUUAUGAAUUGUAAUGUAAAUAUCUGUUCUAGUUUGGUGACAGUGGCACACUCCUUUAAUCCCAGCAGAGGCAGGUGGAUCUCUGAGUUAGAGGCCAGCCUCUGCUACAGAGUGAGUUCCAGGACAGCCAGGGUCACACAGAAAAACUCCGUCAGGGUCUUUCGACACCACACACACACACCAAUCCCCUAAAGGGGUUGCGAUCCACAGAUUCAAGAGAACCGUUGUCCUGGUUGCAGCUUGUGCAAAUUUAUCCCCUAGUUUUACACACACCACACACACACACACACACACACACACACACACACACACACACACACACACACACACACACACACACACACACACACACACACACACCCCAAUCCCCCAAAGGGGUUGCGAUCCACAGGUUGAAGAGAACCGUUGUCCUGGUUGCAGCUUGUGCAAAUUUAUCCCCUAGUUUUUCCCCCUUGGCCUCUCAGGGCGAAGGGGCGGGAUCGAAGUAACUGUCCAAUGAAACGCGCCGCUAGCAGGGGCGGGACGCCGCCACGCAAAGCCACCAAAGAGACUGAGACUCAGACUUCGGAGGCUUGGGUGGUCUGGUCUGUCUUGGUAGUUGUCACUUCGGCUCUCUGCCUCCGGCCGGGUCCUGCUGUGAUCUGCAGGGAACCGGGAAUCGGGAGGGGGGCUUCCCUAGGACCUCCCGCAGGACGCGAUGGUGAGUGCAGCCGGGUCUGGAAACGACUGCUGCGUGACGCUGCGUCACUCGGGAGUCGCUCCCGAAUCUGCCACUGGCUCGGCUCCGCUUCGGUUUGGCUCCGCCCGGCUCCGGCUCUGCUCUCAGCACCGUAGUGGGGUGGGCGGGGCGGCAGCGAGAUUCCGCUGUGCGGAGUGCGGGAGAGCUACCUGCGGCCUGAGGGCCCCCAGCCCGUCCCUGCUCUCUAAGUGGGGCUGACUUCCCCAGUGUUGUCUCUGUUUACUGGAGGUCUCAAAUUAGCCACCCUAUUCCAGUGGAACUUUUCAAACUCAGCUGCCAAUGAAGGCCUUUGUUUCGGGUUCCCCCUUUCCACAUCUCCAGUAGCAGCUCCUCCUCUCCAGGUCACUGUCUUUCCCUUCCAGCCCCCCCACCCUAUCUCGUCCGUCCCCUCCCGCCUCCCCGGCCUACUCUUCUCACUUUCUCAACAGGGUUUCUAGAAUAGUCUAGCCUGGGUUUAAGCAGUACCGGGGACGGAAUCCAGGGCUUCUUGCAUGCUUGUCAGUACUGUCUGCUACAUUUAACUCCUCAUCCUCUCACCUUCACCUCCCAAAUCCCAAAUAUUUCGAUUACAGAUCUGUGCAAUCGCAGCUGGUGACCUUUCUACAUUCUAAAUACACACGUUAUUUUAAUUACAACUUUUCUUUAGGGCAAGGUUGGUUUGGCUGGUUGACUGAUUUUUGCAGUAUAGAGGAUAGGACCCAGGACUUUGAGCCUUAUUAUUGAACUGUAUCUCCAGUGUGUGUGUGUGUGUGUGUGUGUGUGUGUGUGUUAAUACUCCUGUCUCAUUUCCCUAUUGCGGUGAUUACAGGAGGAUAGCAAGUUUGGCUGAAUCGCUCCAACAAAGCCUAAAUUCUGCUUUGUUGGCUGUCUGCACGAAGUCUUUUGGAACUGUGUUCUCUAGGAUGCAUAGACCUGCCCUCUCGAUGUCUUCCCUGGUCACAGACAUUGAGAUUAAAGUUCUUUUUUCCGCAAACCUUUUCUGGGUCAGCUGCCCUUGAGGUAUAACUCCUAAGUCCUCCCUUUCCCUGUGGGGUGUCACCUUUAAGGACUUUAUUCAUUUAUUUGAGUCACAGUUUUUCAGAAAAAGCAAGUAGUUAAUCAAUAAAGAAAGGGCUGGAGAGAUGGCUCAGUGGUUAAGAGCACCCUCUUCCAGAGGUCAUGAGUUCAAUUCCCAGCAACCACGUGGUGGCUCACAACCAUCUGUAAAGAAAUCCGAUGCCCUCUUCUGGUGUAUCUGAAGACAGCUACAGUGUACUUAUAUACAUAAAAUAAAUAAAAAAUCUUAGAAAAAAAAAGAUUGAAAAAUGACAGUCAUCUUUCCCUAAAACCAAGAAAGGUAUGCAUUUCAUUAAAAAGGGAAGCAAAGGGCUGGAGAGGUGGCUAAGUGAUUGAGGACCCAGGUUUGAUUUCCAGCAUUCACAUGACUGUUCUCAACUCUCUGUAAAUGCGCAGCCCGGGGACCCAGCUCCUUCAGACACGCAUGCAGACAAAACACCUGUGCCCGUAAAAAUGAAUGAAUAAGUAACACAUGAGACUCGGUGGUCCUGCCCUGCCUUCCUCCACCCUAGCCUCCUGGCAUGCCACUGCUGCAAGGUGGAAUGGAGGACCGGUGGAGCCCUGAUCUCCACACCCUCUGCAGCCUGUGUACACCAAUAACAAACAAAGAAACAAACAAACAAGAUGGGCAGAACAUAGCUGUUGACCGUUUUCAGUAUGAGCCAAGCCCUACUGGAAGGAACUUUUGUGGUGCCUCCUUUCAGCAUGUGUCUCAGCGCUGAAGAGGGAGUGGGCGGAGUGGUGGCUGCUCAGGACUGUGAAUAGACUUUCGGCCCUAGGUGCUCAUGCUACUCCCUUCUGUCUGCUCUCUGUCGUUCUGCCGAUUUCCUUGUACACUUUUAUGUUUAAAAGCUCACUUUUGGGGUUGGGGAUUUAGCUCAGUGGUAGAGCGCUUGCCUAGCAAGCACAAGGCCCUGGGUUCGGUCCCCAGCUCCGAAAAAAAGAAAAAAGAAAAAAAAAUGCUCACUUUUAUUAUGCAUGUGUAGGUAAGUAGAUGCCUGCAAGUAUGUCAGUGCAUCGUGUUUUGCCCUCAGCGGCCAGAAGAGGGCACCAGAACUCCUGGAACUGGAGUUACAGAUGGUUGUGAGCCGCGCUGGGAACUGAACCUGGGACCUCCAGCAGCGCAGCAGGCGCUCUUAAGGUCAUCUUAAGGUCAUCUCACCAGCCCAUCCCGCACAAUUUUAAAGGGGGGCAGAGAGAGAAAAAACUGUGAUAAACCCUCCAACAAGUUCGACCUGGUGGCACCAACUGUCAUCCCAGCCUUGAAAAGGACUGGAAGGAAGAUCGUGAGUUGGAGGUUGGCCUGGGCAACAGCCAGACACUGUGGCUGCGUGUGUGCUGUGGAAGCAUGGAGACCUGAGUUUGGCUCGCUAGCAUCCAUCAAAGCCUAGUGUGGCGGUUUGACCCCUGUGCUGGGGGGGUGAGAACUGGUAAGGUUCAGGUUCAGUGAGAAGCCCCGCCUCUCUGCCUCGGUGAUAAGGCGGAAGUGGCAGAGCACAGUCCCUCUCAUCCUCCACACCGGCAUGGAUGUGGGUAAACGAGCGGAGGUGAGUGAAGCAGCGGUCAAAGUGGGCAGGUCCCUACGUUUCCGUGCCAGUGCUUUGUGAGAAGGCGGAUGUAGCCUGUUAACUGUAUCCAUUCACUGUAAACUAAAGGGGUGGAGACCAAAGAAGUAUCUGUGAGUGUCAGAAUACGCUGCGUGCUGCCCUGCCCUGUGGCAAGGAGACCAGAGAGGGUGGUAAAUCUCCUGGAGCUGGUGGUUGUGAGCAGCCCGGUGUGGAUGGCAGGAACUGAGCUCAGACCCUCUGAAGAGCCUCAGAGAUGCUGCUAACCACUGAGCCAUCUCUGCGACCCCUCAUGGGAACGCUGUAUGGACUGAAUGCAGGUCUCUGUGCUACAUAUGAUCUCUCUUCCUCUUGUAAACACGUAUGGGAUGUUUCAGGACUUAGUGGCCUUCGAGGAUGUGACCGUGAACUUCACCCAGGAGGAGUGGGCUCUGCUGGACACGUCCCAGAGGAACCUUUACAGAGAAGUGGUUGGGGAAAUCUUUAUGAACUUGGCCUCUAUGGGGGAAAGAUGGGGCCAGAAUAUUGAAGACUGGUACAGAAAUCAGGGCAGAAUCUUAAGCAACCAUAUUGUGGAGAGACUCAGUGACGACAAAGAAGAAACCAUCAACCAAAUUCUUGACCACGACCUGAAAAAGGAAAGCUCUCCUGGAGUAAAUCUCUGUGAAUGCAGUGUGUGUGGGCUAGCCUUCGUGUCUUGUUCAUCUGGGAAGGGUACACACACUGGACAGGGAGUACAUGACUACAAAUGCAGGCAGUGUGAAACAGCCUUCUGUAAUUACCCUUUCCAAGUCAGUGACAGGUCUCACCAUGAAGACAAACCCCACGGGUGUCAGGAACACGGGGAAGACUUCCUUUCUUUUACCAGCCUUGGUGACUUCGUUAUACCUCGGACUGAAGGUGGACCCCAUAAAUGUAACGUGUGCGGAAAAGGUUUGCACUACCCCAGCUCACUUAGGAUCCAUGAAAGAAUCCACACAGGAGAGAGGCCCUAUCAGUGUGAAGAGUGUGGAAAAGCCUUCAGUUGUUGGGGCUCAGUUCGACGACAUCAAAGGACCCACACUGGUGAGAAACCCUACAACUGUAAGGAGUGCGGGAAGGCCUUCAGUUCUCUCUCGGGCCUUAAAGGACACACGAUAAGACACACUGGGGGUGGACCUUAUAAGUGCAAGGAGUGUGGAAAAGUCUUUAACUCGCCCAGUGCACUUAGUAAACACGAGAGAACUCACACGGGGGAGAGACCCUUUCUGUGUAAGUACUGUGGGAAAGCGUUCAUCUGCUCCACCUCAGUGCGCAAACACGAGAGGACUCACACUGGAGAAAAACCCUAUGAGUGUCAGCGGUGUGGGAAGGCCUUCAUUUCUAACUCAGGCCUCCAAGGACACAUGAUUAGGCACACAGGCGUCGGGCCUUACAAAUGUAAAUUCUGUGGGAAAGCCUUUGGCUCUCCCAGUGCUGUUCUAAGGCAUGAAAGUGCUCAUGUCGUGUAGGGAGAGCCUUCACUUUGAGGACACGUCAGAUCCUGAGAAAAUCUUACCAUCCUAGUUCAGGUACAGAAAAGGAUUCCUGAAGGGAAGCUCUUGUUUAGAGAAUAUGGGAAAGACGUUGAGGGUUAGACUUUAUGUGGAAGCAUGAAGAGGCGGAAGAAAAACCUUACAAAUAAAAGAAUAAAACCUC